AUGGCCCGACAGAGCCAAGUCAUCGACCUCGUUGCCUCCGAGUGCAACUCCUUUGCCGAGAGGUUCUUCUCAGAGCACCGUCGCCAUUUUGAAGAUUUGUCCAGUGCUGAUGUCGGAAGCAUGGAGCAGAAGGCUGAAUGGUUCGACAUCUUCAAGAAGUUUGAAGCAGAGUCCGAGCUGACAGUGCAGAAUGCACUGAUGCUGUGGGGUGCUGUCCAAGCCAAGUCAUUCGAGCAAGAGUUCAUUGAGGCGGCAAUGCAAUCCGACGCUCUCAAUGAUUAUUUGUCUUUGACGGAGUACCCCAUGUUUGUCAAGCGCAUGUGGCGGGAAAUCCAGCUGAAGCGCGAACGGGUUGCUUGGCUGCAUCUUUGGUCAGUAAAUGUGCUUGAUGGAGACCAGAAACCAGCCCACGGUCGCUGGGCGGUCGCGGCAACCGGAACAUCUAACCGACCCCGUGCACAGUGUCGGCCAACAAAACAUCACAAGAAACAGUUGAAGAACCACACAGCCGAACAGAGGGCCCGGCCAGCUUCAGGAGGCGGGCCCUGA